AAGGCAUCACCUCUUUGUAUUUGAGUUGACCUUUGUCUUCUCUUUCUUACACAUCUUCCAUUACUACCUUCCGUUCCGUUCAAUUCUUCAAUUGCACUCACCGGAAGAUCCCGUUUUUCUAGGUUGUGUUAGUGCAUGAAUCAUUGGUUGAAGGAUGUUUGACUGUGGUUACAAGUCACAAUAUGUGGGCGGGCAGCGGGAAAAAUUUGUGAGGUACCCAAUAUAGUUCAUUGCACGGUUACGCUUGUAGAGAUAUGAAGGAGAAGAGAGUUAGUAAUAUUUAUAUGUUGGAUGACUUGGAUUCCAGACUAUCAUCAUCUUCUGAUGCUGGAAUUAAAACAUGUGGCUUUAGUAUUGAUAAAUUAAGCCAUGGUGGCCAUGGAAGCACCACAACCUCUAGGUCUUUUAAAAGAGGAAUUAGAAAGGGAUCUGAAGGACUGAAGUCAAUUGGCCGAUCACUUGGAUUUGGGGUAUCUAGAGCAGUGUUCCCUGAAGAUCUUAAAGUUUCAGAAAAGAAGAUAUUUGAUCCUCAAGACAAAUUUUUGCUCUUAUGGAAUAAGCUUUUUGUUAUCUCAUGCAUCUUGGCUGUGUCUGUGGAUCCACUUUUUUUCUAUCUUCCUGUCAUUAAUGAUUCAUUCCGCUGUCUUGGUAUAGACCAAAAAUUGGCAAUUACAGUCACCACCUUGAGGACAUCUGUUGAUGCUUUCUACCUCAUACACAUGGCUCUCCAAUUUCGUACUGCUUAUAUCGCCCCAUCAUCUCGUGUUUUUGGACGGGGUGAACUUGUGAUAGAUCCAGCACAGAUAGCCAAACGAUACCUACGGCGGUAUUUCAUCAUUGAUUUUCUAUCAGUGUUACCCUUACCACAGAUUGUGGUUUGGAGAUUUCUGCAGAGGUCAAAAGGUUCGGAUGUACUUGCGACAAAGCGGGCCUUGCUGUUCAUUAUUUUGCUUCAAUACUUUCCUAGAUUAUUCCGGAUGGUACCGUUGACUUCUGAACUUAAGAGAACAGCUGGUGUCUUUGCUGAAACUGCAUGGGCAGGUGCUGCGUAUUAUUUGCUAUUAUUCAUGCUUGCUAGUCAUAUAGUUGGGUCUUUUUGGUACUUGUUAGCUGUUGAACGCAAUGACUUUUGCUGGCAAAAGGCUUGCAGUGACAGUGGGUACAACAAAAAUUUCUUGUAUUGUGGCAACCAACACAUGAAAGGUUAUAGUGCCUGGCAGAAUCAUAGUGAAAAUAUUCUUACGUCACAGUGCUCUGCAGAUAAUGAUAAUUCACCUUUUGACUAUGGAAUUUUCAAACAAGCCUUGUCAUCUGGUAUCGUUUCAUCUAAGAAGUUCUUCUCCAAGUACUGUUACUGUUUAUGGUGGGGGCUACAGAAUUUGAGUACGCUCGGCCAGGGGCUUCAAACUAGCACCUACACUGGGGAAGUUAUCUUUUCAAUAGCACUAGCCAUAUCUGGCCUUAUCCUGUUUGCGCUUCUGAUUGGUAACAUGCAGACAUAUCUUCAGUCUCUUACAAUUAGACUUGAAGAAAUGAGAGUCAAAAGGCGUGAUUCAGAACAGUGGAUGCAUCAUCGUUUGCUCCCACCAGAGCUUAGAGAGCGUGUGAGACGAUAUGAUCAAUAUAAGUGGUUAGCAACACGUGGUGUAGAUGAAGAAAAUUUGGUUCAGAGUUUGCCUAAGGAUCUCCGAAGAGACAUUAAGCGACACCUUUGUCUUGCUCUAGUGAGAAGGGUUCCACUAUUUGAGAGUAUGGAUGAGAGAUUGCUUGAUGCCAUAUGUGAGAGAUUGAAGCCAUGUUUAUUUACAGAGAGUACUUACAUUGUCCGGGAAGGAGAUCCAGUUGAUGAGAUGCUUUUCAUCAUACGGGGUCGCCUUGAGAGUGUUACUACAGAUGGUGGGAGGAGUGGAUUUUUCAAUCGUGGUUUUUUAAAAGAGGCUGAUUUCUGUGGUGAGGAGCUUUUGACAUGGGCACUGGAUCCCAAAUCUGGCUCUAACCUCCCAUCUUCUACUCGAACAGUUAAAGCUUUAACAGAAGUUGAGGCUUUUGCAUUAACUGCUGAAGAGUUAAAAUUUGUUGCCAGUCAGUUUAGGCGUCUGCACAGUAGACAGGUUCAGCACACCUUUCGCUUUUAUUCCCAACAAUGGAGGACUUGGGCUGCGUGCUUCAUUCAAGCAGCAUGGCGUCGUUAUUCCAAAAGGAAAAUUAUGGAGCUUCGUCGAAAGGAAGAACCUGAGGAGUCAGAAGGAACUCGAAGCAAUGCUAGUGGCAGUUCUUACAGUCUUGGUGCCACGUUCUUGGCCUCAAGAUUUGCUGCAAAUGCUCUUCGUGGUGUACAUCGCAACCGGGAAGCUAAGAGUGCCAGAGAGUUGGUGAAACUACAGAAACCUCCAGAGCCCGACUUUACUGCUGAUGAUGCAGACUAAAUAUUUAUAUGUAACUACUCUCUUAAAUGCAUGUUUUCAAUGUUUCAUUGACUAACUAUUUUGAUUCCAUUUUUCUAUGCAAGGAUAAAAGAAAAAAAAAUAUUAUACAAUCAGUAGCAGGUGCGUAGAUCACAAGUCGUACUAUGCUUCUGGUUCCUUGUAAAUCGUUAAGCCAACUCCCUGUUGUGUUAGGCUGCCACAGAGAAUGCAGUGUACCCGUUCACAAUUUU